CACAAUCCCCAUCCCGUCCUCCCGCACGCGUUCCUUUCGUCGUCGCCAAUAAUUUCGCCGGCGAAUCCCCCUCGUUCUCCCGCUCAAGAUUGCUCCUAGUUUCGCUCUCCGAUGGCAACAAGACCCGUCGCAUCUUGAGCAACAUCGGCAUCCGUUGGCGUCCGCAACCAGCGGCGUCCGCAAGGACGACGGAUCGAGCCGCCUCCUGCCAAGAAGAACAAGAUGGGUCCCUCAAGGGCAACCAAUUUCACUCGACGAUGGGUCACAGCGCGUGGUGGCAACUCCAGAAGCCGGCGACGAUGGAAGAAGCAGAAUGUACUACACUCAUGAAGAAGACUUGCUGCUGAUUGAUCCGUUUGUGAUGGCGGCGGAGGGGGAGGGGGAGCAGGGGAAGACGGUGGUGGUGGUCGGGGUGGACGACAGCGAGCAUAGCAGCUACGCGCUGGAGUGGACGGUGCAGCACCUGGCGUCCGGCAUGGCCGGCGGCGCCGAGCUCGUCAUCGUCCACGCCAAGCCGUCGCCGUCCUCCGUCGUCGGCUUCGGCGCCGGGCCCGGGUCCGGCGAGGUGGUGAGAUUCGUGGAGGCCGACCUGCGCAAGACGGCGGAGGAUGUCGUCGAGAGGGCGCGCCGCCUCUGCAUCGCCAACGCGAUGCACGCGUUGAUCGAGGUGAUCGAAGGGGAGCCCAGGUACGUGCUGUGCAACGCGGUGGAGAAGCACAACGCGGGGUUGCUCGUCGUCGGCAGCCAUGGCUACGGCGCGAUCAAAAGGGCCUUCCUGGGGAGCGUGAGCGACUACUGCGCCCACCAUGCGCACUGCUCCGUGAUGAUAGUCAAGCAACCCAAGGCCAAGCGCCCUCGCGCUGAGGCUGCGUAGCGUGCGAGUACCAAAUCCAAUGUGUCCGUAGUUCGUUGUGUCAAAACCUGUAGCAGCAGCUGCUUGCGUUCUGUACAUGGGAUGAUUUAUGUGUGUUGAUUUCGUAGGCUUCUGUGUAUGAGAUGGUUUGUCAUUUGUGUGUAACUUUCAUAGGCUUCUAUAUCGAAAUGUUUGCGCGUUAACCUA